AUGGCCACACCACGAACUGGUUACACGGCGCAAGGCGGACAAGGCAGCGUAGGCAGCACCUCGAUUUUCCAUGAGAAGAGGCAUUCUCUGAAGAGCUAUUCUGUUCACCGCCCGAGGAAAGCAAAGCUCCAAGGGCCAUAUGGAAAUGCAGUGUUUGCCCCGGUGAAGAGUCCCGGCGUCGUGGACAAAGGACAACAACAUUCUUCUGAAGGCUGGAAACAGGACGCUCGGCGCUUGACCCGCGUCGUGGAUAUCGACACCUCAACUGCAGCCCCCAAACAUGGCUGGAAACCCUCUCUAAAUCGGGGCCCGCUGGGCCUCUGA